AAAGUGAAGCCAAUCGAGCUAUUGGAGGAACCUGAAGGAAUUGUUCAAAGUGACGGAUAUCCUGGCUUCGCUCCUCCAUUCACAUUUCAACAGAUACUCAUUCAGUGUUCCACAGAGCAGCACAUUCAUCUAAACAUUUCCGAUUUUGACUGCUUCUCCGGUGACAAACUGAUUUUCGGGGACGGUCCCACACCUCAACAUCCAGUUCUGCAAUCGCCAUGUGGCUCACCGGAGCCGGUGCGGCUCUUCAGAAGUGAGAGCGACUCGGUAUUUGUGUCUGGCGUAACAGAGAUGCAUUCGAUCUCUCCCGAUGGCGAUUCAGUUAUGACUGCGUUCGGAAAGAUGGCUUCGGAGACGAACUCGGCCAGUCACUGUGCUGGUGAAAGUCAUGGCGCCGUGUAUUUGCCUGGAGUGCUUUCACCUGGGGGCGGUCGUGAUUCUCGUGAUGGAACUCCAUUUUUCCCGAAUUCUGAUUCUACCAGUCAGAACGACGAUGACGAAAUCGAAGGGUUUCUCUGCCCUAUAUGUAUGAGCACGUUCAAUUCUCCUGAACUGUUUAUCGGGACACUUCGAGGAGGCUCA